UGGCCGUGACGGGAACAAUGACUGACUGACUGACUCGUCCACGGGAGCCACCUCCGCGCGUGUCAGGUUACUUUGAGUGACAGUGUCACCAUGGCGAAUAAUUCCACGCAGGCUUAUUGUAUCUUCCACGCCGGCCCCCGGGCUCAGGUAACCGACCAAUCAGGCUUCACGUCCACGCGUGUUUGCUAGCUUACAAUAAUAUUUUUAAAAGGAGGCAGCGAGGAGACGCUCGAAGGAGAAGACGAAGAAGGAGGAGGAGGAGGCUGCAGCAACUUUCGACUUUCUUAGGAGGCUUUUUUGCAUGGCCGGACCUCGGUUUUUGGAGUGGGGGGGCUUCGUGGACUUGCCACGCUGACUGACUGGCUGCCACAGUGAGUGGGAGUGUGCGGGACGUCGGAAGCAUCAGAGAAGACCAUCCGCACGACAACUUCUCCUCGCCAUGUCCAUGCUGCCCACGUUCGGCUUCACGCAGGAGCAAGUGGCGUGCGUGUGCGAGGUGCUGCAGCAGGGCGGCAACAUCGAGCGCCUGGGCCGCUUCCUGUGGUCGCUGCCGGCCUGCGAGCACCUCCACAAGAACGAGAGCGUCCUCAAAGCCAAGGCCGUGGUCGCCUUCCACCGGGGAAACUUCCGGGAGCUCUACAAGAUCCUGGAGAGCCACCAGUUCUCGGCGCACAACCACCCCAAGCUCCAGCAGCUGUGGCUCAAGGCGCACUACAUCGAGGCGGAGAAGCUGCGCGGACGGCCACUCGGCGCCGUGGGCAAGUACCGAGUCCGCCGGAAGUUCCCCUUGCCGCGCUCCAUCUGGGACGGCGAGGAGACCAGCUACUGCUUCAAGGAGAAGAGCCGGAGCGUGUUGCGGGAGUGGUACACGCACAACCCCUACCCGUCCCCGCGGGAGAAACGGGAGCUGGCCGAGGCCACCGGACUCACCACCACGCAGGUCAGCAACUGGUUCAAAAACCGGAGGCAGCGGGACCGCGCGGCCGAGGCCAAGGAGAGGGAGAACAACGAAAACUCCAACAAUAACAAUAACAACAACCCACUGACUUCCUCCAUGAAUGGAAAUAAAACUCUUUUGGGAAGUUCGGACGACGACAAAACGCCCGCAGGCACGCCGGACCACCACACGUCCCCCAGCCCGGCCUUGCUGCUGGGCUCUGCCGCCGGCCUGCCACCCUUACACGGCCUGGCUCCUCCACCCGGUCCCAGUGCCAUCCCGGUACCGGGCGGAGGCGGCGCUGGUGACUCGGUCCACCACCACCACCAUCACCACCACCACCAUCACUCUUUGAACCAUGACACCAUUCUGAACCCUAUGUCGUCCAACCUGGUGGAUCUGGGCUCCUAGAACCGGUACCGGGUGGACUUUUUUUCACUUGUUUUUUUCCCCCUAGAACGUGCCAGUGGAAUUUAGAAACAGAGCACUUAAAGGACUUUAACAAAAAAAAACGGACGGAACCGGCCGGUCCACUUUCAGUCCAUUUUCAGUCAAUUGGCUUGCAGAAAAUGUCCUGAAAUGAACAACUUAAAAGGUGAGGCGGGUCCAGUAGGACGGAUGGAAAUGAAAGUAUUUUAGCUAAAUGUAACGUUGACAUAUUGUUUUCAACAAUUAAUAAAAAUGUCUUAAUUAUUGCCAAUAUUAUCAUUGUUUUCUAGGUGAAUUAGAAUGAAUUAUUGUUUACAUGAGAGCCAAACAUGUUUUAUUUCUUGUGCUGGGAAGGGAAAGGGGAAUCAUCCUCAAGUGUCUUAUAAAUGAAAUAUCUUUUAUUAUCAUUUUACAUUUGGAAAUCAAAGAAGACUGCAUGUGAACUUAACAUGAUGAAGCAGAAAAAAAGGAGUCGCCCAUAGUUUCAUAUACUCUUUACAAUAAAAACAACAGAAAUGUGGAUUUAAUUUGGAGCAUUUUUUUGAGUCUGUAUUGUAUUUG